AUGCCGGCGCUCACCGCACAAUGGCGCCGGCUCUAUCGCUAUUCCACCCUAGGGAUACCUUCACACUUAGAUAUAUUUUUUCCUUGUAACUAUACAGAUCUCUGGGUAUCAACUGAACCUAUGCCUCAUAUUUCAAAUACUCCAGAGUCCCUGUUGCCUCGCUCAGAUUCUCGGAAUCCUGCCACAACCUGUAGAGGAAUUACCUCCCAAGGUCGACCUUGCCGGCGUGCUUUGGCCACAUCACCAGCUUCUUCUCCAGCCGUUCCACCUCGAAACAAAGUUGGCUGCCAUGAGGCGCCGGAUUUAGCUUCAUUAUAUUGCUGGCAGCAUAAGGAGCAGGCGAUGUCGUCUGCUCCGAGUCCCUCCAACGUGCCAAAUCCUCAGGCAAACUUGAAGCCAAGAACUAGCAUUGACACGUUGAUGGACCGACUCGGGGUACUCGAGAUAAAGAAUGAGGAGUCUUCAACCAAACCACGCCCCGGCCGGCAGACGGCCGAGAACAAGUUCAAUGAAAAGCGUCGCCGCAAGAAGGCUUUCUGUUGCUUCGAAAUUAUAGAUGAAGAAGGCGAGGGCGAUUACAGACCAUCGAAGCCCAUACAAAGACCGGCGCAAAGCCGGCCUACGCAAGGACUGUCACCGGUGCCUCAAAAGCCGUAUCAAGGAAGGCCCGCUUACGUUCGAGUUCCGUCUUCAGGGGAGAGGACUUCUUCAUCUCCGCACUCUCAAUCACAUUCUCGACCUCCAAAUCCAAGGAAAUCCUCAUCGAAAACCUCAUCAUUACUUUCAUGGAUACCCUCCGCGCUCUCCCCAGCAACGACGUCCCUGCUUCUCACAGAGCUAAAUAAGCAAAUAUCUACAGCCGACGAGGAAGGCUAUAUAUACAUGUUCUGGUUGACUCCGCUCAAAAAAACACAGAACAACGCGCAAUCUCCAAUGCCGAAGGAUAUCGCAUCUUCUUUACUUCCUCCCGCAACGUCAGGACAUGCUCGACUCCGCCCACCAGGCCAACCUCGUAGCGUCAGUGAUGCUAUAAAUAAAGCCCGAGAUAUGAAUGCGUUGACAUCAAACCCUACAUCAACUGCGCCUGGUUCAAUUUGUCUCAAAAUUGGACGUACCAACAAUGUACAUCGACGGUUGAACGAGUGGACCCGACAAUGCUCCCACGAUCUCACUCUGAUCCGCUAUUAUCCCUAUACUCCUUCGUCUCCUUCCUCAUCGCCGGCCCGUGGAAGCUAUGGCCGGAGUACUAGUGCCGACGAUGCUCUAGUGCCAGGGCGGAAAGUGCCCCACGUUCACCGCGUGGAACGGUUGAUCCACCUCGAGCUUGCAGACUUGCGUGUACGGGAUUUGGGUCGUUGUGACGAUUGCGGCAAAGAGCACCGUGAGUGGUUUGAGGUCGAGGCAGCUAAGGAAGCACUACGCAGAGUGGAUGCGUGUGUCCGAAGAUGGGUUGCGUGGGGCGAAUCCAUGAAAUAA